ACUAUGAGCCUUCAAAAGGAUCUGAAUCUUAAACACAGUAAACGACUAAGCGAAUUAUUAACUCCAACUCCACCGUCGGAAAAUCAGAAAAACAGUAUUCUGAAUGGAAAAGGGCAAAGGUUUGAUGGUGGACGGCCGGCGAUGGGCCGUCGAUUUCUCCGAUAAUUCUUCGUCCAGUUCGACUCGCGAUAUUCCUGAUCCUCCCGGUUUUAGUCGUGCUUCUCAAGAUCAGGACGAUUCCACUCUCAGCCGCCAAAAGAAGGAUGCCGAAUCCAAUUGGAAAGCACAGAAAGCUUGGGAAGUGGCCCAGGCGCCUUUGAAGAAUUUGUUCAUGAUGGGCUUCAUGAUGUGGAUGGCUGGAAGCACUGUUCAUUUAUUUAGCAUUGGUAUCACAUUUUCAGCUCUUUGGCAGCCCAUAAGCGCCCUGCAAGGGGUUGGAAAGGUCUUUGAGCCUUACAAGGACAGUAAAGUAGAUCUUCUUGGACCUAAGUUGCUGUUUAUUGCCCUCAACCUCGGAGGUUUAGCAUUAGGUGUUUGGAAGCUUAACACUUUGGGGCUUCUGCCAACACAUAUAUCAGACUGGGUUUCGUCUCUACCACCUGCUCAGGAAGUUGAAUUUUCCGGUGGUGGCUUUUGUCUUCGCUAAGAUGCAUGCACGCACAACUCCACUUUGUCCGCUGGCGACAGUGAAAAGAAUAGAGGAAAUCAUGGAAGCUGCUUGUCGAUGAUCGAUCUUCACGGGCGGAUUGCUUGUGUUGUGCAUGAACGUGAUUACGACUCUUUAUAUUAUGCCUGGAUGGAUUGUGCUUGAUCAAGAACAAUGUUAGAGAUGUGCUGAGGGCACAGCUAUUAUUUAUGGUACUCAGUUUUCUUAAAAAAAUUAGUUCAUGCUAGUAAAAUAUUACUGACUGGUAAAACCAUCCCAUAUGGAAUAUGGUUUAACAUAUUUUGAUUUUUUUAAUUCUCUUUUGCAUUAUUUAUGAACAAA